GGCGCGCCGGUAGCGCGCGCACAUUACACAGCCGCAGUCGUGUUUCGCCAUUCGAAAAGAAGGUUAUUGUUACAAUGACACGGGCACCGGACUAUCGAUAAAGUGUGUUUGUAUGUCGUUUUCGUCGAUAAUAAGUGUUGUGUUUACUUUCACCCGUGCGAAUGUCUCGAUCCUCACCUUUUCGUUUGUUUUUUCUUUUAAUCAUUGCCGCAUGGGACGGCGCUUACGUUUCAGUUAACCUUUUAUUUUGAAACGAUGGAACGUUGUUCUUAUGGUUUUUACACCAAAAGGUCUGAAAUCCUCGACAACAUACAAAAGAAAAAAGAUCAGGACAAAGAACCGCAAAGUCCUAGUUACCAGCAGCAACUCAAACCUGGUGACAAAACUCUGCAUAGCACUGACGGGUCCAACGCCAAUGUUUCGGUGACGCAGCAUGUACCAGCUCAGCAGUUGCUCUCUCCCACACACACGUUGGGACCACCUGUACAGUCCAAGGAAGAAUCAAAAGACAAAACAAUAAAAGUCGCGAACUCGACUACAAUCACAUUAAUAGAAAACGGUAACAUCAACGGCGAGAAAGAUAAGGACAAUACCUACCACAAGAACUAUUUCACGUUAGAACCUAAAAAUGAAAAGAAAGAUGAUUGUAAUAAAAACAGUAUUACGAUAACAAAGACUGUGCCGAAGCAGUCACAGGGUAGCAGUCAGGCGGAGAAAACAAAAAAUCAAGUAAAGCCGGCGAAGAGGCCGCUCCAGUACUUGGAGACCCUUGCCGAGAAGGCUGGCAUUACUUUCGAAGAUAAGUACGAAGCGGCGAACACAUUAUUGGCGUUAGAUAAACAGAACACCACAGCCCGAAGGCUACCUGAUUUAAAAGCUCCAAAAUCAGAACCUGAUAAUCACAAUCAAUCCGACGAAUAUCGAUUUAGAAAUCAACAAAAAGAAGAAGAUGACAAGUUACAGAUCCAGCAGCAGAUAAUCCAGCAGCAGCAGCAGCAGCAACUGCAACAGUUGCAGCAACAGCAGCUCCAGCAGUUGCAGCAACAGCAGGCGCUACAGCAGGCGUUGCAGCGACAGCACCAGCAAGUGAUACAACAGCAUAUUAAGAACCAGCAGGAUCAGCAGGAGUUGUUGCAGAAGCAAUACCAGCAGCAGCAACAACAGCAGCAACAACAGCAGCAGCAACAGCAGCAACAGCAGCAGCAGCAGCAGCAGCAGCAGCAGCAGCAGCAACAACAACAACAGCAGCAGCAAAAAUCUGAGUUAUUGCAAGUUUCGCAGCAGUCGGAUCAACAACAGCAGCAACAGAAGUUUUUGCAGCCGCUACAUACGCAACAAUUCAACGUACCUGGCAUCGGUGAGAUUAACCUAAGUUUCCUGGCGUCGCCGCAGAGCAACGUCAACCUGCUGUUCGACAAGAACUCGAAGACCGGCAUGAGCGGAGAGAUUAAAUCACAACAAAUAGUAGACGGUCAAUCUCAAGUAGUUCAGCAGCAGAUGAGCAUGGCCCAGCACGAGCCAUCGCAGCAGCACCACCAGACAGUCACGGUCGUGUCCUCGAUGCCCAGCAGCAUGGCGCCGCACCAGCCGCAAGCAGGAGGUGCUAUUCAGCAGCAAGCAGGGAGCAUCUCUACGAUGCCGCCGCUACAGAGCCUGCCGCCUAACACCCAGCACCCGCAACAAAUCAGUGCGGAAUGGGGCCACAGUCGCGUGCAGGUGAUCCAGCAGCCCUUGCAGAACAGCACGUAUCUGCAGCAGCUGUACAACGCCCAGGGUCCUCUGCUGAUGCCUGGCAACAUCGCCCUGCACCCCGGCAUCAAUUCCCAGCAGAUUCAGGUGAUCGCCGCUGGGAAGCCGUUCCAGGGUAACCAACUGGCCCCCCACAUGCUAACCACGCAGGGCAAGCAAGUACUGCAAGGUCAAGCCGCUCCGUUCCCGGGGUACACGACAAUCCCGGCGAUCCCGACCACGCAGAACCAGACGUUCGUGUUCAGCCCUCUUGGCGUGAUCAACUCGCAGCCGAGCAUCCUGCCGGCGCACUCGCAGCCCACCGUGUCUGGCAUCGGCCAGCAAAAACAAACCGACCUGCAUAAGUGUGGCGGCAAGGUGACGGGGAACAAGGUAGCGGGGUCGGGUGCGGGCGGCGCGCAGACUGUGCCGGUGCAGGCACAGUGCGUGCAGGUCUCGCAGCCGGUGCUGGGCGCGCAACAGCCCACGCAGGCACAGAUCAUCAGCCCGUUGCAGACUGGCGGGCAGACGAUGCAGUUCGCUCCGUGGCAGAUAUCGGGGGCCCUGCCGCAGGUGUGGGCGGGGGGCUUGCAGGCCGGGACCCUGCCAGCGGGGGGACUCCUGGCUCCCAACCCCAUCUUCAUCAGGGGUACGCAGCCCGACGCUCCGCCGUCCAUGUUCAUACAACACUCGCCGCAAAAUAACGUCCAGCAUACCAAUGUCAGCGUGGCGUGUGCUACGGGGACCACGGCGAAGCCUCGAGCCUCGACCGACGGCAUGUCGAAGGCUCCACGACCGCUUUCCAACAUCUUGCCAUCGAGCGGGAUAAGACCUGGACCAGCGUCGUCGGUGUCGACGCAGACCAACGCCAACCAGGCCCAGAACCAGGCCAAGCAACGCGGUAAGCUGGGCGUACGCUCGCCCGCACCCGCUGCUAAGCAAGAUGCGGCGAAUCAAACCAACAAAGCUAUGCAACAUCAAUUAAAUCAGCCGAAACAACAGCUACUUGUGAUGAAUUCGGGGCAGAUGACCCAAAUCACUAGUGUGCAAGACAAGCAACCGAUUGCUAAGAACAUGCAGCAACAGGCGCUGUUGCAGCAGCAGGCCAUGCAGGUGAAAAUUCAGCAGCAACAACAGCAGCAACAGCAACAACAGCUGAUACACCAACAGCAGCAGACACAGCAGAUGGUGCAUUAUCAGCAGCAAGGUAUGUCGCUGGGCAUGCCUCAAGGCACUCUGCCGGUGGGCUCCGUCGCUCAGACGCUACCAAUGGCAGGUAUGCCGCAGACCAUUUCGAUGGUACAGCAGAUCCAUCCAGUGAGUAUCAUGCCGUUGAGUGGCAUGGGCCAGCCUGGCACAUUAGUUGGCCAGCUGAACACCUCACAGCCGCAAAAUGCAUCACUCACACAGGUCCAAGCGCUGCAGCAACAGCCACAAACUUUGGUUGGUAGUGGCUUGGUCCAGACAUCCGUUGGCAUGACCGUGCAGCAACAGGCUGCAUUAAAUCACACCGCAUCUAUGCAAACGGUAUCAAGCAACCUGAGUUCUCCUCAGUUGACGCUCCAAGCGGCGCAAGGCACGGUGGGGCUAAUCGCGGCGCCGAUGCAGGGCUCCGUCCUGCCCCUGCAGCCGCCCACCACGCUGGUCGCCCACGUCAAGGCUGAGGAAGACAAGAAUCAGCUUACUGCACCGGCACCAGUUCUGCAGCCGAUCGCACCACAGCAACUGGUCUCGGACAGCAGCGAUGCUACGUCCACCGUGUUCAGCUCGGCAGUCACCACCGCAGCCACUGCUGACGCCUCUGUCUCCACCAGCACCUCUACUAUAGGCAACAAAUGCUCAGUAACACCCAUGGAGUCAUCCAAGUCGAGUCCUUCCAAGGCAGACAGUCAGAAUGUCCCGGCUUCAGGCGCGUCAUCGGUACCAACUAGUACCGCCCCGGUGCCCAGUAGCGCGCAGCAAACUACACCAGUUGCGCCUCAGGUGGUAACAACAGUGGCAUCGUCCACAUCGGCCUCGUCCACCAUGACAGCAUCUAUCACAGCGCCCGUGUCUUCAGGGGGGACGGCAGCACUGUUCAAAAGCACCCAGUGCACGCCCCGUCACAUGAGCCAACAAGCCGCUCAUGGUCAGUAUGACAAAGGCUUACCUAAGGCGAUGGUGAAGCCGAACAUCCUGACCCACGUCAUCGAAGGCUACGUCAUCCAGGAAGCAGGGGAACCAUUUGCAAGUAACUUGGUUCAGGUCAACCGACCACUCCGAGAUUGGCAAGCUGACAAGGAGCAGGACAAGGAGAAUAAGCUGCCUUCAUCCGACGAUGGGCCGCCACGUAAGAAGCAGAUGUUAGACCACGGCCCGAGCGUGGCUCGCAUCAGCUCCACGAACGAGAGCACCUCGGAGAACAUCACUCACGCGAAGGCGGACACGGCUGCUGUCAGCUCAGCUGACGUCACUGACACCGCCAGCGCUGACGCUGCUAAGAUACCCAACGCUAAUAAAUGGACUGUCGCGGAGGUGUGCGAUUUCAUCCGCAACAUCCCUGGGUGCGCCGGCUACGCAGACGAGUUCCUCAUGCAGGAGGUGGACGGUGAAGCUCUCCUGCUGAUCAGACCUGAGCACCUCGUGAUGGCGUUGUCCAUGAAGCUCGGGCCCGCUCUCAAGAUCGUGGCCUGCAUCGAUUCCCUGCGACCUGAGAGCGAGCAAACGACGCAUGAACAUGACUGAGAUUUGCUGUAAUUGUUCUUUAAGAACAAUUACUAAAGGUGUUUAGUAAGGCCAGUGAUAACGUCUACAAAUGUUUACUCGGCCCUUACUUCGUACACUGCACAUGUGUGUUAUAGUGACAGGACACUUAGAACUCAGUGUAGUCCGUAUUGUUGUUUAUAAAGCUCACUGUGUGUUAAUACCGGGUUAUUUGUAAAUAUUUCGACCUUAUAUCAUGAUCUUGUAAGUUUGAUAAAAUCCAGUUUUUUUUUGUUAACGAUAUAUAAUGUGCAAUAGGGAUGAUUUAAUAUUUUUUUUAUUUCAGUUAUUACUUACUUUCUAUUUUUCCCUCUCAAGUGUAAAUUGAUAAAAUAACAUUCAAAAAUGUUACUUGCGUGUGACGUCACUUAUGUGAUUCGAUAUUGUUGCGUCACAAGUUAAAGAGAGGGGCUCUUUAAUUUUAAAGCAGUUUAUCUUUGUUAAUUGUAUUGUUCAUAUAAACGCAAAAAUACUUGUCCUAUUUUAUCCAUAUUGACUAUUAUUUAAUAUUUGUUACAGCAAAGUAAAAUUAGCAGUCUGUUUCCUGUCAUAAUAUUGAUCAAAUAACCCCGUAUCGCAGCCACGUCAAUAGUACCAAAAUGUAGAAAACUUUUAAUUAGCACGUUUACUGCCAAGUUCCCAUGGUAUACGAAUGGUAUACAAGUCGCCAGUUAUUUUAUACUUGUUAAUAUACGUUUUGUAGUUUUAAGUUCGACUUUCAAAGUUUAUGCUAUUCAUAUAAUUUAUAUUGCUUGUAUUAUAUUGCCGUUUACAGAUAUAUAGGUACAUGACAUUAAGAUUUUAUUUUUAUGAGUAGAAUAGGCGCUUGUGUAUCACAUCUGCAGUCAACGUGUUAAUUAUCAAACUUGUUGUUUAGACAUGUUGAGUUUCUGUUGUAAGUCUUUUUGUUUAAUGUAAGGUAGUAGUUUUUGAGUGUCAAAUUUCCAUCUGCCCUCGCUUAUUCACGUUAGCUCUUCAGACUAGGCAACGUUACGUAAUAGUCUUAUGUUUUAUUCGUCUCCCACUCUAUAACAUUACUCGUAAUUACGCCAGAUACCUUAACGUAUUCAACCAAUUCGGAUAAUGUUGUGGUGCUUAGGACAAAUGUCGAAAGUUCCGCCUAUUUAGUGUUAAGUAUUACUUAUUUAAACACGUACUUAGUCAUUAAUUACUUUGUCUCUCUUUCCCCAUAACUAUUGGUUACCUAAAUUUUCCUUCUUACGGCAAUGAAUUAAAUUCUCAUUCAUUUAAAUUGGCACAAAUUAACUACUAACAAUCGAUGUUGUAAUGAAUUUAUACGAUCGAUAAAAUUUAAUGAUUUUUAAUAACAAAAAGUUUUCAACGUAUAAAUUUAAUAAAUGUGUUUGAUAAUCGACGAUCAAUUUUAUAUCAAAGUAAUUUAAUGUGUAGAUGUAUUAUAAGUGUAGCUAGAUGGAGAUGUUUAGGCACGCGAUCGACGACAGAAGUGUGGAAGCGUGUUGCUGAUGAACGGCAAUUUCCCUUUAAAAGGCCAUGUUGGGCUCCUAGAAUAACAUCAAAUUCAUAUACAAAUAAUCGCAUUGAUUCAAAUUAUUUGGGGCCAUACAAGUACUCUGUUUUCGCAUAUCUGUCACACACACUUAUGUUGUAUUAAUUCUCGAUCCCAUGCCUAAUCCUCGUUCCAAAUAUAUUGUAGAUUUCGUAUAUCGGAUGUCGAAACUGUUGUAAAACAUUUAUACAUCGUACCCUUAGGGUACAUAGAGCAUAGUUUAUGUAUAGGUAUAUUAGUUGAGUUAUAUUAACGAUAUUAUUAGGAUUAUAUAGAUGUUCACGCAUAGACCAGGCAAAUUUGAGAUGCAAUCACUUUUUAGUCAUACAGCUUUGUGAUUUAGAUUCCGGUGUUUGAAUUCUAUCAAAAUGCAUACACGUAGAUUCGAUAACAUAGUUUCCUUUCUAAUAAUAGUAUAGUAUUUUAAAUUCUGAUUGAUGUUAAUAUUUAUAAUCGUAGGACAUGUUGUCGUUUUUGAUGUCAUUAUCACAUUUCUACAUACAACGUUUACAAAUACAAUUGUAUGCUCCUCUGGUCUGUGUUAUAAGAUUGAAUAACAAUAUGUUGUUGUGAUCCCUAUCCAUUAUAUAGUCAUUAAUGAUCAGUGCAAUUUAUAAUGCGAAUUUUGUUUGUGUAUAUUAGUUCGUUAGUCAGUGUGUUGCUUGUUCACCAAUUAUUGCAGAUUCACUUCUCUCAGCUUACUCAUGGUGCUACUUAGUUGUAUUUAUGUGGCUAAAGUAUAUCUUUCUUUGUUAAAACUUCCGCGCCUCUGUAAAUAGUGUAACAUACGCAUACGAAUCGAUACAUCGAUUUGCUAAAUAUGAUAUAAUUUAUAAUGGUUUUUAGUUGUAAGGACAGAUUGUUGAGUGUAUUCACGCUGGACAAGAUUUUCGAAGUUUUUUCUUAGAUUUUUAGCACUGUGUUGCAUCUGUAUAUAAUAUGAACUUAGUAAGACUCUCAGUCAGGUCAGUAAUAUCAAAUAUUAACUCCUUAAUCUUUUAAACUGGAAACAUAAGUAGCAGUAACUAGCAGCACUUUGAAAACAUCGUUUAGAAUAGUUUCGCAAUUUAUCUAUGUGUAAUGAAAUGUUUUGGUGUUUCACACUCGUAUUAAGGGAAAUUAUAUAAUAGUCGUAGACUUAGUAGUUAGUGUUGUAUUAUAUUAGUCCGAGUUCAUACCAGCAAGGCACUGCGCAUCCCAGUGACAAGAUGUCACGUCUAAUAAAAUGUACGCGUCGGUAGAACAGUGUUGUAGUUUAAUUAGUGUUAAAUUUUGUCUAUAUGUGUAAUUUAAAAUUAAUUCUUGUAUACAUAAUAUCGAACAGUCGGCUUGAGCACUGCCAUGAGGUAACCUGUACAUUUGUGUAGUCAUGCGGUUAUUACUACAGUUAGGGAAUUAUAACUACACUUUAAGAUCUAGCGGAUGUAUAAACAUUUAAUUUAAUAUGAAUUAUGCUUAGUUUGGUAUUUGUAUGUAUUGAUAAUGUGACUACACACCUUUACAAUAAGUAAUUAGAGAGUUUAUGUCCAACACGCUGCUCAAAUCGGUGCAGAAGCUAAUUUCUUGAUAAAUAGAAAAAUAAAGCAAAUGAGACUGA